AUGGAGUCAGAAUUUAUCGCUAUGUCUUCUGCUGGAGAAGAAGCUAAUUGGCUGCGGAGUAUGCUGAUAGAUAUUCCAUUAUGGGGUAAGCCAAUACCACCUUUGACUAUAUAUUGUGAUAAUAAAGCUGCUAUAUUUCUGUCUUCAAGUGAUUGUUACAAUGGCAAGUCAAGACAAGUUUGUCUCAAACAUAAUCAUAUGAGAAUAUUAUUGGAGGAUGGCAUAAUAUCGCUUCAAUAUGUGAAGUCCAAACUCAAUUUAGCAGAUCCUUUAUCUAAAGGAUUAGACAGGGAAUUGAUGGGAAUCCUCAUUAAUGGGCAGUUUCCUGGCCCUACCCUCAACGUUGUAACUAAUGACAACGUUAUUGUUACGGUUAUUAACAAGUUGGAUGAUCCAUUGCUAAUAACAUGGAACGGUGUGAAACAGAGAAAGAGCUCAUGGCAAGAUGGAGUUGUUGGGACAAAUUGUCCAAUCCCACCAAACAGCCAAUGGACAUACAAAAUGCAAAUGAAAGUUCAGAUUGGAACCUUCACAUAUUUCCCAUCAACAUUAAUGCACAGAGCUGCUGAUGGUUUUGGAGGAAUUAAUAUACUAGCUAGGUCUGUUAUUCCAAUCCCAUAUCCAAAACCUUUUGAGCAAUUCACUCUGCUUGUUAGUGACUGGUGGAAGACGGAUAACAAGGUAUUGCAACAAAUUCUGGACCAGGGGCAAGAUUUUCCAUUUCCAGAUGCUCUACAUAUUAAUGGACGACCUAAUUCUCUGAAAUUCACCGGCAUGAAAGGGUAUGCAUACUUAUUUAGGGUGUCGAAUGUGGGAUUAACAGCAUCAAUAAACGUUAGGAUUCAAGGUCACACAUUAAAGUUGGUGGAAGUGGAAGGAUCGCACACAAUGCAAGAAGUGUAUGAAUCCUUGGACAUUCAUGUUGGUCAAUCCAUGGCUUUUCUUGUUACUUUACAUGCCAACCCAAAAGAUAACAUUGUGGCAUCCACUCGUUUCACUAAGCCAAUUCUCACAGUAACAGCCAUUCUUCACUAUCAAGGUUCUAAUAUCCCUGCUUCAAAACCUUUGCCUGUUGGUCCUACUUAUCAAGUUCAGUGGUCAAUGAAGCAAGCCAGAACCAUUAGGUAUAUAUAUAUGUAAUAACAUACACUUCUUCCGUUUCAUCUUGUGUCUUUGUUUGAUUGUGCAUAUAAUUUAAUGAGUAAACUAAGGAUAUGUAUAGUGUACAAUGUCUUUCGAACGUAAUUGAAACAACGGAAGUAAAUUUUCAUAAUAAACAUGAUCUAUUAACUCGGAAGGCGAACUAUACGACCUGCUAUUACAUGUUAAAUAAAUUGAUAGUAUAAAAGUUCGUUUACAUUAUCGAUCAACAUAUAUAUUGCUCUAACAUUUUUAGUUGGCCCUGUUGUGUAGAUGCAACUUGACAGCAAAUUAAAUGCUGCGAGACCAAACCCACAAGGAGCAUUCCAUUGUGGGACAAUCCCAGUUACGAGGACAUUGAUAUUGGAAAAUUCUGUUAGCAAAAUCAAUAUAUAUAUAUAUAUAUAUAUAUAUAUAGAAAGAUGCGUUACGCUAUAAAUAAGAUCGAUCUCUUACAUCAAUCCAGACACUCCAUUGAAGCUUGCUGACAAUUUCAAAAUUCCUGGAGUGUUUCAGCCUAACAAAAUUAAGGACAAUCCUCCACACGGACCGAUGGUUCUUGACACUUCUGUCUUUAACUUCACUCUCCAUGACUUUGUCGAAAUCGUCUUCCAGAACAAUGAGAACGUAACUACAUUCAGUCUUAUCACCUUGAUGGCAAUGAUUUUUGGGCUGUCGGUAUGGUUUUGGCCUGUGGAACACAAGAAUGAGGAGAAAGUACAAUCUAGUAGAUGCCACAACCAGAAGUACAAUUCAGGUGUAUCCAAAUUCAUGGAGUGCAAUAUUGGUUGCAUUGGACAACAAAGGGAUGUGGAAUUUAAGGUCAGCGAUAUGGCAAAGACGAUACUUAGGACAGGAAACAUAUUUCAGAGUGUGGAAUAAUGAACAUAGCAUUUACACCGAAUAUGAAAUUCCAUCAAAUGCCCUUCUUUGUGGUAAGGCCAAACACAAAUAAUAGUACGCGUCUUUUUACGUCGAUUCACUCCUUUGAUGUAAAAGCUCUUCUUUUUUUUCUUUUCCUUUUGAGUUUUUGUUUUGUGCAAAGUUUACAAUUGUUCUCCUUUAUUGAAUUCCCUCAAUUUCGGAUUCAGUUACGAGGGUUGGUGUAUUUUUUUACACCAUGACUUUUACC